CGCUGCUAUUACGAAUUCAUUGUUUCACUCUUGGUGCAAUGAAUUUUCUCAAAUAUCAAUGACAUCGUUGUAAGAUAAUUGAAAAAAUUCGCGUGUACAGUAGACGACCAAAUUUUUUAAUCGUGUUUGAAUCAAGAUCAUUACAUACGUAAACAUUUUUGAGAGUAGGUGUGCCGUUGAGACCUGUCAGAAAAUUCGAAAAACUUGCUUUUUAUUUUUCAAAACGAACUUGGCUGUAUUUAAAAAAAUAGGUUACGUCAGUGUAAUAAAUGAAUGAUAACACCGCCAGCUGACAGCAAUCUUAGUUCGACUUUUUAAAUUUGUUUUACAACAAUGACAACUAAAAAUAAAGAAUCACUGGUUGUUCUUUGUAUGGGUGUUUCCGGCGAAGCAGACAAUAGCGAAAAUCGAUAUGAACAUUUUUUAAUCGACAAUGGUUAUAAGUGUGAUGUUUUACAAGUUCUUCAAUUUGAAUUUGUUAAUCUGGAUGAGUUGCAAAAUCGCUUGUCCAGGAGCGAUUCCUACAGUGGUUUGGUGUUGACAAGUCCAAGAGCAGUAGCUGCACUGGCUGCUAGCAAAGCAAAAAAUCCAUUGUGCGUUAAAUCAUGGCUGGAAAAGUUAACAUUUUGCAUUGGCCACGCUACAGAAACUACAGCAAAAGAAGAUGUAGGUUUGCUCAAUAUUCUUGGUUCCGAAUCCGGCAAUGCAAAGAACCUUGCUGAUUACAUUAUAACUAAAAUGGACAAAACUCAAAAACCUCUUUUACUGCCAUGCAGUGAUAUUGCUAGAGAUACAAUACCAAAAAUGUUAACUAAAGAAGAAAUCGGUAUAGAAAAAAUUGUAGUAUAUAAAACAAAAGCACACGAAAGCUUAAAAGAAUCAUUUGCUUCUAAACUAGCCAAGCAUCCAGAUGUUCUAGUUUUUUAUAGUCCUUCAAUUGUUGAGCACUUGGUGUCAAUUAAGGAUAAUGAUAUAAGAGCGUUUGAGAAUUUUAAAAAUAUUGCUAUUGGUCCUGUGACAGAACAAGCUAUGUUGAAUGUUGGAAUAAAAGUAGAUGGAGUACUGGAGAAACCAGAACCUCUUGCUCUAAUUCAAGUGCUCGAGAAAAUUUGUUGAUAUUUUA